AUGCUCAUUCACAUUGGUAGCACACCGACGCUUGUAGCCUCAUCUGUCGAUGCAGCCCAAGGAAUCUUGAAAACCCAUGGUUCAUCAUUCUCAAGUCGGCCCAAUAUGAGUAUAGUCAAAAUCCUUUUCUAUGGCGGUAAGAACCUAAUAUUUUCUCCACAAGGGGAACAUUGGAGGAAGAUGAGGAGCAUUUUAGUCACCUGUCUUGUAAGUAAUGCACGUGUUAAGUCAUUUCGAAAAGUAAGAGAGGAAGAGACUAGGAAUCUGAUUGGCGUGCUUGAAGAGAGUCAUGGCUCUUUGGUUGAUUUGAGUGCAUUAAUAGUCAAACUUACAAACACCAUAAUUUGUAAGGUGGCAUUCGGAAGGGUACAUUCUGGGCCAAAGUUCACAAACUUAUUAAAAGAACACGUCGAAAUGAUUGCAACUUUUAGUGUGGGGAGUUAUAUUCCAUGGUUGUCCUGGGUAGAUCGACUGACUGGCUUAGAAGGAAGAGCAAAAAAAGGUGCUGAAGAAUUUGACGUGUUCAUUGAAGGUGUUAUUGAAGAACAUGUGAACAAAAAAGGAGGAGCAAAGGCUAAAGGUGAUGAUGUGCAAGACGUAGUUGAUAUCUUAUUGGAAUUCCAAAAUGAGAACAACAUUAUUUCCUAG